AUGAUAGGAGCAGUCUUGCAGCAGUUGGUCGACAUAGUUUGGCAGCCGGUCGCUUUCUUCGCACAGAAGCUCUCACAGACCGAGCGUCGUAAUAACACAUUCGGUCGCGAACUGCUCGCGGCCUAUUUGGCUGUCAAGCACUUUCGACACUUUCUAAAAGGUCGGCAGUUCCAUAUCCUCACCAACCACAAGCCGCUUACGUGUGAAUCGACUACUACCAACUCUGCCCACACACCGCAUGAGAUCCGCCAGCUUGCUUUCAUAUCGGAGUUCACGAGUGAUAUCCGGCACAUUAGUGGCAAACACAACCCCGUUGCUGACGCGCUUUCUCGAAUAGAAAUCAACGCAUUUAUGAAUGAGCACCCACCAGUCGAUUUUGCAGCCAUGGCUACUGCACAACAGGAUGACAGCGAGCUUCAGGUGUUGCGACUCCAAGAGAACUUCCUCAAGCUCGACGAUCUCCAACUUUCAGGCUGCGCGAUUCUGCUCGUUUGCGACACCUCUACCGGUUGUCCUUGCCCUUUCGUUCCAGCACGAUUUCGCCGCAGAGUCUUCAACGCCUUGAAUUUCUUGUCGCACCCCGGCACACGUGCGACUCAGCGCCUCAUCACAGGGCGAUGUCUAAGGCCUCGAAUGAACAUCAACGUCCGCCGCUGGUUACGUGCUUGCCUCAAGCGCCAGUUAACUACAGUCCAGUGCAACACGGUCUGCCUACUGGGUACCGUCACGCCUCCUGACUCACGGUUCAGUCACGUGCACCUGCACAUCGUAGGCCAUUUGCUCCCAUCGCAAAACAGCCGGUAUAUGCUAACUUGCGCAGACUGGUUCACGCGGUGGCCUGAGGCACUACCCCUCACCGAAAUCACGGCAGGUUCAGUCGCCCACGGACUCAUCACCGCGUGGAUAAGCCGCUACGGAGUUCCUAAGACCAUCUGA